AAACCAGUAAAAAACAUAAUCUUGUAUCUAUUUGAAUUAGAAGUGCUGUCCUACACCUUUUAUGUUCUGAGGACAGCAAGUAACACCAUCCCCUUUCAGCUGUAGCUGCCUGUGAUGGCACCUCUGCAGCAGGUAGGAGGGAUUUGUGCUGUACCCAUUCUCUCCAGGAACAGAAGGCCUUUGGAUGAUCUAGUAAUUGGGAACUAGCAUUGAGUAAACUGAAUUCUCUUAAAAUUGGAAGGAAGGGAAGAGGAGGAAGAAAAUGAGAUGAAUCUGGGUAAACAUCACACAAUAGAAUUAAUGACAGGCAGGCACAGGAUGCAGCUGAAGCCCAGCCUCUGGAUCCCUAACUCAUCACAUGCUGCUGGAAAACACCAGGCGAGCAGAGGGGAAAGAGGCUGAAGUUACUCUCCCACACACAUUUCAACAGGAGCAUUCAGACCAAAUCAGCUUGUAUAAGAAGAUGUGUUAAGCAGUUUAUUCUCUUGGCAGAGAUUCAAGUAGCCUAUUUCUGAAGAAUGGCAUUGAGUGACCUCCUUUACCCAGAUAAUCCCAAGAGAAAGCAAGAACUGAUCCAUCUGCAUCAGGAAUUGCUUGACUGUAUGUCCACUAAUUUCCAUGCAACAAACGAGCUGGUUGGAGUGCUGAAUGAGCACCUGGGCUGCACCAUUACCCCCAUUGAGAUGAGAGAGAGCAGUACAGUCAAGGAAAACUGUGAGAACAUCAUUCAAGUGAUGAGUGAGAUUCAGCACCAGGUGCAGAAGAUUGACAGUGACAUGAAGGACAAGCUCGAGCCAGUGCUGUACCAGAAGCUAUAUGAUAUCAAAGAGCCCGAGCUGGAGAAAAUUGCAAUAGCCCAGAGAGUUUUUUCCAUAAUUUUUGGAGAAGCAACUUCAACAGCUGCAAUGGUAGCUAUCAAACUUCUUGGCUCCAAUCAUUUAACUCUCACUGUGAGCAAGCUCAUCGGUGUCCUUGCGCAGAUUGGGGCCUCUGUUCUUGGGGGAGUUAGCAUCACCAUCAUUGGGCUGGGCCUGGAGAUGAUUCUCCACGCCAUCCUGGGAGCUGUGGAGAGGAGCCAGCUUCUGACAGCUGUGAGGAGCUAUGAGAAGCACCUGGCUGAGUUUAAAGCAGCCUCAGAAAAGUACCAGCGUGCCAUACAUGAAGUGACUUCUUUGGUGAGACAGCAAGUUCAGUAAAUGAAGGUGGAGUUCUCUCUCCUGCUGUCACAGCAGCUGCAGCAGCUUAUGCCUGCAGAAACCUUUUUGAUUCAUUAUGACAAAUGAACUACUGAUGGCUUUUUAUUUUCUUUUUUGUGGCAGCAGAACAAGAAAAGCGACAGUUCAGGAAAUACAUUAAUAGAGAACUGGUUUACAGGUGUUUUGGGGGGCAGUGUUUCAAGUACUUUGCACCUUUCCUUAAGCUUAUUUUCUGGGAAGCACUGUAGGUAACCUUGAACUGUAAUUCAUACUGGAGACAAUAAUACAGACUGCUGGACUGGUAGUGGUGAGAAGGUGUGUUUCUGUAUCAAAGAUGACAACACAAAGGGAGAAAACAAUUUCAACAAGGCAAAGCAUGUGGAGGCUUUAUGAAGACAUCUGUGGUUGCUAAACCCUUACUGUGGUUUAGUGCUUAAUCUGAUAGACUGAAUUCAAUUACAAGAACUAGCUGAAGCAUAUUUAACUGCUAUUUUCUGCCUUCCUAAGGAGCCAGCAAGAGAUCUUCUUUAAAUAAACUCUAAUCCCAGUAGAUUGGCAGGUAAGAGAAGCCUGGGCCUACAUGCAAACAGACACAACCUUGCUCCACCACUGAGAGAAACCAGCUGCUGCAUUCUGGGUGUACCUGGCCAUGAAUAACCUCUUGUGCUUGUGAUGCUCUGCUCCUGCCAACUCACGUAUAAAAAUUUCUGUGCAAAGUUGCUCUUUUGUUGAUUGGAGUGGGAUUAUACACAUGUACAAGUGCCUGUAGGAUUGCAGCCCUAUUAAACUAAAGUUAUUUUCAAGUCUUUACCUGAUCCCACCAAUGUGGGACUGCCAAGAAUAUGCUCAGAUUCUGCAUUUCACAAUAUGCUACCAACUGUUCUUAUUUUUUAGAUUUUAAAACCAAAGCUGGGAGCAAGAACAUUAUUUGUAGUGUCUUGCUGUGAUUUGCUGUGAAUUGUUUUUUCUUGAUCU